UUAUUAGCAAUGCUAAAAUUUUAAAAACUUAAUUUUAUUGAAUUUCAGAUGCUCAAAAUGGAAAAUAUGAAUUUCCCCCAAAAGCUGGUAUAAAAUGUUUUAAAAUGUAGCCUACCAUGAUGUUUGCGCUGUAUAGCCUAUUAAGCAAAUACAGUGUCAUGUACAAUGAAUUUAGUGUGAGAGCUGGUAUGGUAGUGUUAGUAUUUGUCUUGCAAAUAUCUUCGUAUAGUGUGCAAAGAGGAUACAGAAUAUGUAUAUUUUGUGGAACAUAAACAUGGAAACAACGAAACGACAGAUAAAGAAUCAUUAAAAACUAUGUAAAACUAAAAGUCUUUUGUUUUCUUUAUUAACCCAAUUGUAAUUAUGAAAUAUUUGUGUUUUAGGACUAAGUCGAAACUGAAAAUGAUGCUGAGUCCAGAACAAACUGAUUCAGAUCUACCGUGGAGCCAGUCAGACGCUGAAACAAUGCUGAACGAUAUCAAGGUUGGCUGCAUCACGGACGAGCCCAUGGAGGGAGAGGGCAAGACGAAGUCUCUGGCCCCGCAAUCCCUCAGCAGGGAGGAAAGGAGGAGGCGCAGGCGCGCCACAGCGAAAUACCGUUCAGCCCACGCCACCCGCGAGAGAAUCCGGGUCGAAGCCUUCAAUGUUGCCUUUGCCGAACUGAGGAAGCUGUUACCUACACUGCCCCCUGACAAAAAACUGUCCAAAAUUGAAAUUCUGAGACUAGCUAUUUGUUACAUUUCUUAUCUAAAUCAUGUGUUGGAUGUUUAGCACAUGUCCCUCUUCAUGAUGAGUAACGCACUCCAAGGACACAUGGGGACCUGUUUGCAGUAAACAACACGGUCUCCUAAUUUCGCAGUUUGCAGCUCUUUGCGCUACUUACAUUGGAAGUGCACUUGGAAGAGACUGAAACGCCAUAAGAUGGCUAUCAAGUGUUCCUUAGACUUUAGACAGGUAUGAAUGAAUUUUAAUGAGAUAUAAUAGCUUAGAGCGAAGAUAAUACCCCAUUCAGCCAAAAAUGGCGAUUGCUCAAAGAGUCGUGAACCAUUUAAUAGACUGUGGUCCCUGCUUUAAGCUAUACACAGAAUAAAUGAUGCAAUAAGGUCGAGACUGGGACUUUAAAAAAAUCGAAUAACCUAUGUUGUUAUUUGUGUAUGUGGACACACGAGUGUAGAGCGUUUUUAUUGCAGGUCAGUACAGAGAAAACCCGUUGCAUCACUCUGUAGAACAGUGAAGAAUAAAUCAGCCCCUCUCCCCCUCUAAUAGCUGC